AUGUCCAGAUCCGGGGACCGGACCUCCACCUUCGACCCCAGCCACAGCGACAACCUGCUGCACGGCCUCAACCUGCUGUGGAGGAAGCAGCUGUUUUGCGACGUGACCCUGACGGCCCAGGGCCAGCAGUUCCACUGCCACAAGGCCGUGCUGGCCUCCUGCUCGCAGUACUUCCGAUCGCUCUUCUCCAGUCACCCCCCUCUCGGGGGAGGGGUCGGCGGCCAGGACGGCCUGGGGGCCCCCAAGGACCCACCGCAGCAGCCGCCGCAGCAGCAGCCGCCGCCGCCGCCAGCGCAGGAGGAGCCCGGCACUCCAUCCUCCUCCCCCGACGACAAGCUGCUGACCAGUCCCCGGGCCAUCAACAACCUGGUGCUCCAGGGCUGCUCGUCCAUCGGGCUGCGCCUGGUGCUGGAGUACCUCUACACGGCCAACGUGACCCUCUCCCUGGACACGGUGGAAGAGGUGCUGUCGGUCAGCAAGAUUUUGCACAUCCCCCAGGUCACCAAGCUCUGUGUGCAGUUCCUCAACGACCAGAUCUCGGUGCAGAACUACAAGCAGGUGUGCAAGAUCGCCGCGCUGCACGGCCUGGAGGAGACCAAGAAGCUGGCCAACAAGUACCUGGUGGAGGAUGUGCUGCUGCUCAACUUCGAGGAGAUGCGCGCCCUGCUGGAUUCGCUGCCGCCCCCCGUGGAGUCGGAGCUGGCGCUCUUCCAGAUGUCCGUGCUCUGGCUGGAGCACGACCGCGAGACCCGCAUGCAGUACGCGCCCGACCUCAUGAAGCGCCUCCGCUUCGCGCUCAUCCCGGCCCCCGAGCUGGUGGAGCGGGUCCAGUCGGUGGAUUUCAUGCGCACCGACCCGGUCUGCCAGAAGCUGCUGCUGGACGCCAUGAACUACCACCUGAUGCCCUUCAGGCAGCACUGCAGGCAGAGCCUGGCCAGCAGAAUUCGCUCUAACAAGAAAAUGCUGUUAUUGGUUGGUGGAUUGCCUCCUGGGCCAGACCGGCUUCCCAGCAAUCUGGUUCAGUACUACGAUGAUGAAAAGAAGACCUGGAAAAUCCUCACAAUCAUGCCCUACAACAGUGCCCAUCACUGCGUCGUGGAGGUGGAAAACUUCCUGUUUGUGUUGGGCGGAGAGGACCAAUGGAACCCUAAUGGAAAACACAGUACAAAUUUUGUCAGCCGAUAUGACCCCCGAUUUAAUAGCUGGAUACAACUUCCGCCCAUGCAAGAACGAAGAGCCAGUUUCUAUGCAUGCCGGUUGGACAAACAUUUAUACGUGAUUGGUGGACGGAAUGAAACUGGUUAUUUGUCCAGCGUGGAGUGCUAUAACCUGGAAACAAAUGAAUGGCGUUACGUGUCUUCUUUGCCACAGCCUCUGGCAGCUCAUGCAGGAGCAGUGCACAAUGGGAAAAUAUACAUUUCAGGCGGUGUACACAAUGGAGAGUAUGUCCCGUGGCUAUAUUGCUAUGACCCCGUCAUGGAUGUCUGGGCUCGAAAACAAGAUAUGAACACAAAACGCGCUAUCCACACUUUGGCUGUAAUGAAUGAUCGCUUAUAUGCAAUUGGAGGAAAUCAUUUGAAAGGUUUCUCCCAUCUCGAUGUAAUGCUGGUGGAAUGCUAUGACCCUAAAGGUGACCAGUGGAAUAUUCUCCAGACACCCAUUUUAGAGGGUCGCAGUGGUCCUGGCUGUGCAGUGCUCGAUGACAGCAUUUACCUGGUGGGAGGCUACAGCUGGAGUAUGGGAGCCUACAAGUCAUCCACAAUAUGCUAUUGUCCAGAAAAAGGCAGCUGGACAGAACUCGAAGGAGAUGUGGCAGAACCGCUGGCAGGGCCAGCCUGUGCAACAGUUAUCCUGCCCGCCUGCGUACCUUACAACAAAUAA